AUGGGCCAGUUUUACCUGGAUCCGGCCACCUACGAGCAUCUAAGGAGUAUUUCAAGGAGCAUAGCGAACGCUCCUGAAGGAGGAGGCAAAGUAAAGGAUACUUUCAACCUCAUGCUUGCCGACCUCCAGUUAAGACUCCAAAAGCGGGAGCACAAGAAAAAGGUGGUGGGGCGCUACUUUGAAAGCACACACGAGCCUCCACCUUGGAUACCAAGAAUCAGUCAGAAUGGGGCUUUGGUGUAUGCAACUGCGUCAGAGGCGACUUCUCGCACUGAAGAUCUUGUGAAGACGUUGAAUGAAGCUCUCAAAGCACUGGGUGUUCCUAAGCUUGAUACCGUGACGACAUUUAGCGAUGUAUUCACGCUUCUGGAAGAGGUACAGAGUAGGAGCCGCUCAAAACCCCUAUACUUUUCUGAACCAAGCACGGUGGUAGUCUUUCUCGAGACGAUCCGGAAGUAUCUGAGACCCGAUGCACACGUGCGCCUGUGCAGAGUGGGGCAGACAGAUCCAGUGUAUGAGUACCACCAAAGCGAGAAGGCGAAGAGGGAGCACCAGGAGGAGGAGGAGGAGGAAGGAGAGGAGAAGGGGCAGGACCAAGUCAGGCGAAGUUAUAGGGAACCUGCACCCAAACGACCAAAGUUUGAGGAGCAGUUUCAGGCGGAGGGGUUUGGCAAGGGGUACGGCCAGGGCAAACGGCAAGGGAAGGGGGGUAAAAGGGGGUUCGUGAAAGCACAGGAAGAGGAGUCUGGGAAGGGACAGCAGGAUGGGCACGGAGAGGGGCACGGAGCCGGGCCGAGCAAUGGGCAGGGAGGGAGUCUGGAUGAGGCGGCUGUGAGAUUUCUCAGGGACAAUGUAAGGGAUAUCAAGGACAUGGCCAUGGGGGUCAUGGAGAUCGCCAAAGGGAAUCAAAAUGUCCUUGAAAAGAUGGCGGUAGGGGACAGAGAGAAGGAGGUGGCUGGUCUGCAGAUGGCCACGCAU